AUGAGUGAUCAUUAUGCUUUUUUCCAGAGCCACGAGGCGCCGGCCAAUCAGCCGAAUCGCAGAAUACCACUCCUCGCGAUAUCAGCCGAAUCGCAGAGUGCAACCUUUGAAUCAAACCAAACUGCAUCAGGGAUUUCAUGCAUUCAUCAGCGUCAGCCGGACUUGAGAAGCCUGCAAUCUCAAAUUCACGUGGCUGAAAUGAAUAUCAAAGAUUCAAGUUGUGACAACCUCAUUGCUGCAACCAUCCAUUUAUCAAGCUGCAAAGAAAGGAAA